CCCCGGCCCCCUCCCGCCCGCAAGGUCUCGGUCACUUCCGAGGGGCGCGGGGGGGGGGCAGGGGGGUCGGGGAGACAGGGACGGAGCCCGCAGGAUCGGGGUGUCUGCCUGCGCCCCCCCAGAAAGCGAGGAGGACGCGGCGGCCGCUCCUUUUGUGCCGGGGGAUGGGGGCUCAAGAUUGAGGGGGACCCCCCCCGCGCCCGAAGGGGGCGCAACAAAGGCCGCGCUCGGCGCCCCGGGAUCAACUUGGCGCCGGCGGGGACCCAGCACCCCGGGGAGCCCCAGAGGCGAGGGGCGCUUUUCCCGGGGGUCCCCCCAGACUCCCCCCGCACCCCCCCAGUUAUUCCGGGGAGCGAUCCCGGGCUCCCGCCAAGGCUGGGGCUGAGCGCUGAUCCCCAAACUCCGCGCGCCCUUUGGAUGCGCUGCGCCCCCCGCGCGCGCGGCUGCCCCCCAGUUCGGGGUUCGGGGGCUUCUGCUCCACUUUCUCCCGCGUUCCCGCCUCGCCCCCCCCAUUCUUUCUUUUUUCUUUUAAUAUUUUUCUUUCCUGCGGACGAAGCCGGCGCCCCCUCCCCCUCCCGUCCCCCUCGGGCUUUGGGGUGCAGGCGCCCCCCCAGCCGGCUCCCCCAUGGCCCGCUGGCUGCGGGACUAUCUGAGCUUCGGGGGACGCCGGCCCCCCCCGCGGCCCCCCGCCCCCGACUACACGGGCGACAGCGACGUCCUGCGGGCCUACCGGGAGCAGAGGGACCUGGACUUCGAGGACCCCUACGAGGACCCCGAGCCGGGGGACCCCCGCGACCCCAAGGGCCCCGCGGCCACCGAGCCCACGUUUGAGUCCCCGAAACACCGUCUCAUCAAGGUGGAGGACGCCCCCAGGGCGCGGGGUGCGCGGGGAAGCCCGGACCCGGAGCCGGAAGCAGACACGGAGUACUCGGACCCUUAUGAUGCCCACCCUGUCCCGCCAGUCGCGGAUGGAGGCUACGUGGGGCCCUACGAUGCCCAGCCGGUGGCGAGCGAACUGCCUGGCAGGAGCAUGCAACUGUACGACACCCCGUAUGAACAGCAGGACAGGGGGCCCGAGGGAGUACCCCGGAAUGCGCGGAGACUGCCCAGGGAGGACGAGCGGCCAGCAGACGAGUACGACCAGCCGUGGGAAUGGAAGAAGGAGAGUAUCUCCAAGGCCUUCGCAGUGCAGUUUGACAGUCCUGAGUGGGACAGGACCCUGGGCUCUGCCAAGGAGCUGCGCAGACCCCCACCCAGGAGCCCCCAGCCCGCUGAGCGUGUGGACCCCGCCUUACCUCUGGAGAGACAGCCGUGGUUCCAUGGCCCUCUGAGCCGGGCGGAUGCAGAGAACCUUCUGUCGCUUUGCAAGGAAGGUAGCUACCUCGUGCGGCUGAGUGAGACCAGCCAGGACUGCUCCCUGUCCCUCCGGAGCAGCCAGGGCUUCCUGCACCUCAAGUUCACGCGGACCUCCGAGAACCAGCUGGUCUUGGGGCAGCACAGUGGGCCGUUCGCCAGCGUGCCCGAGCUGGUCCUGCACUACAGCUCCCGCCCGCUGCCCGUGCAGGGUGCUGAGCACCUAGCCCUGCUUUACCCAGUGGUCACUGCGGUGCCCUGAGGGCCCUGAUGCCCAGCUGCAAACCCUGGAGGUCUUCCUGCUGGAGGAGGCCUGCGGGGAAGGCAGGCCUCCCUAGCCCUCCCUCCGAGGUCCACAUCAGCUGCUCAGCUCCAGGAUGCCAAGCCCUCCCCGGGUUGCAAAUAAAUAACUUAUUGUGUACA